AUGGGACUUGGGGGACAUGAACUUGGGUGCAAGUGCAGAGUGCAAGUGGAAGUGCAGGAGCACCUUGGAGUCUGUCUCUUGUCUAUCUGGCGCCUUGCAGUGCCAUCUGUGCUCUCUCUGUCUGUUUCUCUCAAUCUUCACCUCUCUCUCUCUCUCCACGGAGUGUCGACCUGUCGUAUCCCACACCCCUCCCCCCCCGGCUACCUAUUUGGAGCCCCCGAUACUUUGUACUUCGUACCCUACUCCGUACCCCCCGUCCCUUUAUAUAUAUCCUCCUCUGCCCUCCCACCUCACACCCCUAGGUGCUUCUUGCUCUUUCUUUUGCUUCACCAAACGAGUAACUCUGCAUUACUCCUCCCUCUGAACAUCUUCUCAACUCCAAGCCCAUAUCACCGGCCUGGACACUUACACCAACCUACCUGCUAG